AUCCCGGGGAGCCAAUAGGAAGGCGGGGAGAGCGAAAGAGAGAGAGAGGCAGCGGCGGAAGGGAAGGUGGUCGAGAGAGGGACUCGCGGAGGUUGCUGCUGCUCGUGGGGGUCCCCGGCUGGGAAGGGGCCGCGAUGGUGCUGGAGAGCACGAUGGUUUGUGUCGACAACAGCGAGUACAUGAGGAACGGGGACUUCUUACCCAGCCGCCUCCAGGCCCAACAAGACGCCGUCAACAUCGUCUGUCAUUCGAAGACUCGUAGUAACCCAGAGAACAAUGUUGGCCUUAUCACUUUAGCCAAUAACUGCGAGGUGUUGACCACCCUGACCCCCGACACUGGCCGCAUCCUGUCAAAGCUGCACUCAGUGCAGCCCAAGGGGAAGAUCACUUUCUGCACGGGGAUCCGGGUCGCUCAUCUGGCCUUGAAACACCGUCAGGGCAAGAACCACAAGAUGCGCAUCAUUGCCUUUGUGGGGAGCCCUGUGGAGGAUAACGAGAAAGAUCUGGUGAAACUGGCCAAGCGGCUGAAGAAAGAGAAGGUGAACGUGGACAUCAUCAACUUUGGAGAAGAGGAAGCCAACACCGACAAGCUGACGGCCUUCAUCAACACCCUGAACGGCAAAGAUGGGACCGGCUCCCACCUGGUGACUGUGCCCCCCGGGCCAAGCCUUGCCGACGCCCUCAUCAGCUCCCCAAUCCUGGCUGGAGAGGGAGGUGCCAUGCUGGGGCUUGGGGCAAGUGACUUUGAGUUCGGCGUGGACCCCAGCGCCGACCCAGAACUGGCUCUGGCGCUCCGAGUGUCUAUGGAGGAGCAGCGACAGAGGCAGGAGGAGGAGGCUCGCAGGGCCGCGGCAGCGUCUGCAGCGGAAGCCGGGAUUCCAGCAAUUGGCGGGGAUGAUUCAGAUGACGCCCUGCUCAAGAUGACCAUUGGCCAACAGGAAUUCGGCCGAGCUGGCCUGCCCGACCUCAGCACCAUGACCGAAGAAGAACAGAUUGCCUACGCGAUGCAGAUGUCUCUCCAAGGAGCCGAGUUCGGACAAGGCGAGUCUGGCGAGGUGGAUAUCAGCGCUGACAUGGACACGUCGGAACCAACAAAGGAGGAAGAUGAUUAUGACGUGAUGCAGGACCCAGAGUUCCUCCAGAGUGUGCUGGAAAACCUGCCGGGGGUUGACCCCAACAACGAGGCCAUUCGCAACGCCAUGGGGUCACUGGCCUCGCAGGCCUCCAAGGAGAACAAGGAGAAGAAGGAGGAGGAAAAGAAAUGACCAGGGGGGGCUUGGGGCUUCCCCUCCCCACGUGGCCCGGAGCAUCCCUGGCUCUGCAUGCCCCAGUUCACGUAGCCGGAUAGGCGUCAGUGUCUGUAAUCUUUCUUCUCCGGGUUAGUGGGGGGGGGAGUCACUGGAUUAUUAUGGGUUGCCGGGUUGGGAGUUGUCUUUUUUUUUUUUUUUGGUUGUGGUUUAACAAGUUAAUAAAAACCUUGAAUUUUC